AUGGUUUUUAGUUUUUCAAUUAAUUCAUCAGCUUCAUCAUCAGCUUCAAGUUCAAGACCAUCCUUUCCAAUUGUAUCACCAAGAGAUGCUGAAAUCUUAAACGAGAUCAUCUUGCAAGCACCACCGGGUUCUAGUAUCUUCAGUGCUCUCCUGGAUCCAUAUCAGCGUGUUUUGGCACUUCAUCAACUUGACCCACGUCUGGAUGAUCGGUUUUAUUCACUUUUACUCAAACUCAGUCUUGUUUCCGGUACAGAUUGGAGUGAAAAAUGGUCUCGCGUUUGUGUAGAUCAAGGCUUGUUUGAAGAAAGUGAACUACCAGAGGGAUCAUUCAGUUCAAUCGCGCCUAGUCAACCCAAUGGAACGGAGCAUUCCGAUCAAGAAGAAGAGGGCACCACUACCAUCAUCGCGCCUACUCGAUCACCUCUCAUUUCAUCUCCCUCAUUACGGAGAGGAUCGCUUUUUCCAAUUCAAUCAACUCCCAAUGUAAUUGACCGGUUCCAACCACGACCAUCAAUUCAAUCAACUCCCAACGUAAUUGACCGGUUCCAAUCCCGAUCAUCUCCGAGUUCUAAACUUCUAGAUCCUCUUGACGCGCUUUCCGAUCAAUUUCGUUCAGAACAUCUUCGAAUUCGGACACUUCAUCUAUGGAGCCUUCGUACCCGCCGGUUCACACUCACUUUGACUGAAGUGGAACGUGCACAUACCCUGCUUGUCUCUGGAAGGAUGUGGAGAAGAUGGCGUGCAAAAGUAGGUAAAAGGCGACGAGAAGUAAGGAUGGUAGAAGGUGUAGCUCGAACUAGGAUGAAAUUUGCUACGCUUACAAAAUGGCGUGAGGCAACAGAGGAAAGUCGACAUAAACGGUGGAAACAGUAUCUUGCCCAACUUGCUGCUGAUCACCUCCAACAUCAGCAGCAAAAAUGGGUUGGUGAAGCAAUAGCCCUAUGGUGGCUGAAAGCACGAGCCGCGCGAGCGGAACGUACUCGGGCUGAUCUACUCAGACAUCAAGCACUUACUCACUGGCUAGCUCGCGUCUCAAAACUUCGUCGUGCUAGCAACUUAGCCGAUGCAUUCCUGAUAGAUAUCAAAACUAAAGCUGAGACAAGGCGGCAGAUUGCACGAUGGCGAGCGAGGACCCAGUGGAAAAUUCAGGAGCGGACUUUGGUCUGUCGUCAUGAAUCACGACUUUUGACUGGUUUUAUGCGUAAAUGGCAUCAGAUGGCCCUUUGGGAUCGACAAUCUAGACAAUUCUCACAAAACUCUACGGGACAGAGAUGGUUGACAGCAUGGAGGCGGCAUCUCUCUAAAUUGAAUCGGCUUGAGAAGCGAGCGAAUCGUAUCAUUUUAAUUAGGGAUGAGAAUUUAUUGAGUAGAAUGAUGAAUCGAUGGAUGAUCAUAGAAAGAGGUGCACUGCUCAGACGAAUACAAUCCUCAAGGGUGUCAAGGAAUACGAUGGAUUGCUGGAGUCGUAAACUUCAUUGCGUUCGAUUUGUACUUCAAGGUGCUGGACAAGUCUUGGAACAAAAGCUUCAACGACGUCAACAGUCUUUGAUCAUUCGACAAUGGCAUCUACGUUUCCUGCACUAUCAACAAACCCUUCUUCCACUGGCGAAUCGACAUCACCAAUCAAAACUUCGGAAGCUCUGUCUCGAUCAAUGGCAAACAAAUGUCAGACGGCAGUGUGAUAGACAGAAAAAGGCGGCCAUGACUCGUGAUACGCUCUUAAGCGAACGGUUCCUAGGUAUUUGGUUGAAACGUUACCGAAGAGGAAAGAUCCUUAAAUGGGUCAAGCGACGCAAGGUGGUGACGAUGAAAGAUACAUUUGAGGAAUGGACGAGAAAAAUGCGAAGGCAAAGAUGGGAGAAAACUCUAAUUGCAAACUUUCAGCUGAAAUUGGAUCGGCACCAUAAAACUUUCGUGAUGUCGAUAUGGGUGUCGAAAGUGGUACGAUUACGUGGUCAGCUGAUACAAGUUGCAAGGGAAUUUGCAGUCGAUCUACUGAGCUCACGGUUUGAUAUAUGGGUAGCAAAAUUCAAAGAAAUCCAACGGCUUGGAGAUCUAGCCAAAGGAUUCGCAGAAAUCCAAAGAAUUGAUUAUGUUUACGUAGAACAAAGAGAUGCGAUGCUUGAGUUUUGGAGGGUGAAAGCCAUGGAUUCAAAGUUACGAAAAGAACAAUUGGAAAAUUGGCUUGACGAACAACGUCAAGCUACUAUUCGGAAUUUUUGGGAACGAUGGAUUGAUGCCUAUGUGCAGAGAGAUUUAAUGUCUCAAGAACUAAGUGUGAAAACCAAUAAUGUGAUCCAGACCAAACGCAGAUCAAUCACAACUUGGCGUCAAAAUUCACUGAUACUUCCUGCUAUUGAAUUUGAUCGACAUCAAAUCAAAUCCAACACCUUUUCACAUUGGAGAACUUUAGUACCUGUACGUAAAAUGAGAAGACAAGCUGAAGAUAUGGAUGGUAGAAAGAUUGUUGGAGAAGCAUGGAAAGUUUGGUGGAGUAAAUGUACGGCGAUUUUGGCAUCACGAAUUGUUAGUCGAUUUACUCGUCCAGUCGCAUUUGCUGGUGGACGUAGAUGGCAAGGAGGUAGUCCUAAAUUCCCAUCUCCUAAACUUAAAGAUGAUCAUCAUCCUUUGACAAAUGGAAGGAUACAAAAUGAUCACCAACUCGAGUUGAGUAGCAGUGGUAGUAGUAGUGACGGUGAUAUUCCCACAAACACAAUCAGAUUUACUAAAGAAGUUUUCAGUGAGAAGACCAUACCAGAAGCUCCGGAAGAGGAUCCACAAGAAUCGCCAGACCAAGAAUCAGAAGAAUUAGUUGAAGAAGAAUCAGAAGAACUAGUUGAAGAAGAAGCAGAAGAACUAGCUGAAGAAGACGAAGACGAUCGAACGAUUGUAGGUGAUAUCACUCUUCCAGAAUCUGAAUCUAUCGAUCGUAUCAUAGAACAAGAAAGAAAGAUAGAAGAAGAGAUUUCAACUGAAUCAGAAGAAAGUACAGAAGGUGGUACAGAAAGUGAAAUUGAAUUAGCACUAGAAAAUUUUGGAAAUCGAAAUAGAAGAAGACAAUUAAAUCAACAAAUUCAAACACAAAUCAAUGAACAUCAGAAUGAAAAUCAAGAGGAAGUCAGGAAAAGUCCAUUAUGGGAUGGAUUAAGAAAAGUUGCAGGAAACUCUAACGGAAUUGGCAGGUUUCAUCCAAAUGGAAAUGGUGCUAGAAGGAAUAAUUGGAUGUAA